AUUUCCAUUUCAAUUCGCCACCCAUACUCACGUCUUGUUGAUCUUGAGCAUGUUCGACUUAUCUCCUACACCUUUUGUACCAUCCAAAUCACUCGUUCCCUCAAGUCCAUCGCGGAUUACCAUUCAUCGUAAUCAACUCCAUCGUGCAUCUUCCUCGGAAAACCUCAUUGUCGGCGGUCUUGCAAAUUGGCGAAGGAAGCCCAGACCAUCAACUUCGCACAGUCAAUAUAGCGUCAAAAGUGUGGGAAGUAAGGUGUCAGGUUGUGAGGUCAAAAAUGGCAGCAAAAGAGGAUUGGGCAUGGGGAUGCAGGCUACACCUGCAAGGAAACGCAGGUUGACUAACAAUGCAAGUAUUGGGGCCAUGUCGACACCUAAAACGAUGCAGUCGAGGUUUCGUUCAACGGAAGGGGACUUGACUUCUUCGACCUGCCGUUCCAUUUCCUCCAAUGAACUUUUGGACUCUGCAGAGGAUGCAACUUCUCCCAGCAUCUCGGCGGACGACAUCAACCCCAUUGCAAAUAAUUGGGACUCUGUUCGGACGAUGGACGAGGAUUCUUCCACGCCAAAUAUCCUAUAUUCCUCGGGAUCCCAUACCCUUUUCCCAGCAGCCCUUGAUAUCCUUGUACCACUGAAUGAUAUAUUCUCGGUUUCUCAGCAAUACCCACAUAUCAUCCCAACCUCCGGAGAUGCUUUCUCGGAAUUAGAGUGGGAUAUCAGAGUUCCGUUGAAUGACGUUCUUUCAACUCCUCGGGCCACUCGGAUAACAUCUUCUUGGCAAGCAGCAAGUAAAAUUGAUCAGCGUCGAUCCACUCCGUAUCGGCAUGGAGGGUCCUCUGGCCCUGUUGCAAUAUCGAUCGAUGUUGCCUCGGGAAUUGAUAAUGGAGUACUCGAUGAAUCUGUGGAGUUUGUGCGCUCGAUAUGUCCUUCGCCAGAAGGGCUGAAUCAUUAUGUGUUAGGUCCAGACUCUCGCCAUGAAAAUGACAUUGCAGCAUCCAGCGAUGUCCAACUGUUCGAAACGCCCAUUAGGAAGCGUGUAAUGGAGGAUAUUUUGCUUGACCCAGAGCUUGAGGAAUUUGGAGGACAGAAAAUGGCUUCUCGUGUACUUACACCAAUUUCCAACAACAUGGAGCAUUUGUCGACUCGUUUCUUGAGAAGAGAUAAGCGUUGGGAAAGGGCAGAAAAUCUCAUAUCACCAGCUCAGUACCAUGAAGUAAGUUGGAUGGACCCCUUUGGUUUUUGGUGGAUGUGCCAUAUUGUCUCCGACAAGUCACCUGCAGUUUAUGACCCAUCUUCCCCACCUCGACCUGUAGCACGGCACUCCUCUACACCCUUGAUAUUCCCUUCUAUGACUUCGCGAACUACUUCAUUAGAAACUACCGACUAUCUAUCGCAUGGUUCCGUAGAAGAGAAAGAAGGGGCACCUAUUUCAGGCAAAUGGCGAGGGGCAGAAAUGAUGGCGAGAAUGGAGGGAGAUUUCAUUGCAGCUGAAGGACAAGGAUCACACGUAUCGGAAGAAGAUAGACAUGCAGCUGCUGACCAUCAAGAACGGCCCCGAAGGCAAAAUCGGCGCUAUCGUAGAGGGAACAAGCUUGCUCAAUUCACAGAAGAAUUUUCCCGUCAGCGAGAGGCCCGAAUACAGCAUUACAAGGAUCUAGAAGAACACUAUAGCUUGAAAGUGGAACUUGUUUUGGGGUAGAGCAUAAAUCCUGCGGUGAAAUGUGUACUUUUACGUCCACCUGCAUCUGCAGAUGGAUGGGGAUGUAUAAG